UGCGCUUCCUGCUACGGCGAGAAUUUACUGUUGCCUGGUUACGAUACUCCGGUUUUGUUGACUGCAGGAAAGCGGUGGUAAAAUGCAGAACGCAAGAGAUGAGGACCAACAUGAGGAAGACCUGCUGAAUGGAGAAGAUGGGACCAGUGGAGAGACUGACCCACUUUCCUUCGAGAACCCAUCAGCACAACAGUCAGACGACCCCACUCUUCACCCUGUUCUUGACCCAAAUAUGGCAGAGGAGGUAGCAGAUCAGGAACCACCACAAGAGGAAGAAGACAUGAAUGAGGAGUUCACCAUCCUGGACCCUGAACAUCCCCUGAUCAAAAGAUUUCAAGAUGCUUUAAAAGCUCACUUCCGAAAACGUUUGGAGAGAAUCCAGCUGGAACUGAUUGAAGAGCGGGCAACUAGAAAGGAUGAUGCCAGACAUCUAGAAGACAUAAGCCUUGAGUUGUUUGACAUCCAAAAACAGCUGCCCAGAGUUGAAAAUAAGCUGAGUGACAGUCAUCAAGCCAACUCACAGGCUGAAGCCCAACGGCGGCACGCACAAGAUCAGCUGGAAACAACAAAGAGCAAAUAUUCUAGCAAGAGCAGUCAGAGCAGUCAAGCCAAAGCUAAGGUCUCCAGGCUCCAGGCAGAGUUAGAGAAGACGUCGCAGCAGGUCAUUUUUGCACAAGCAGUCAGUGAGGAUCUGUACUCCAAAGUCAAAAUCAUGAAUAAUGCCAGAAACAAAGUGGGCGCUGAGAAGACACAGGCAGAGGAAGAGAAAAUAAAGCAGGACUUGUAUGUGGAACGACUGACAAAGGACUUGGAGAACCGGGUGCUGCAGAUAGCAGGUUAUGAGGUCCAGGGAAGUGCUCAGGCACAGGAGACAUGGGAAGCCACUAAAGCCCUCUCUGAGGCUGAGAUGGAACUGGAGUCACUGCUAAUGAUGCAUAAAAAGCUGAUGCAGCAGUGGAACAACAACAUAACAGACAUAAGGAGACACGAUGAGACUGCAAACGCCAUGCAGGAAGCUGUACGUGCGAUUGAGGAUGAGGUGAUCUUGCUGGGCAGAGAGAUUGAAGGUUAUAAGAAAUCCACCACUGUAGAGCAGGAGAAUAAUGAGACACUGACUGCUCAGCUGAAUUGGUGUGAAAUGGAUUGUGUGACUUGGAAAAAACUGAUCAGUCAGAAACAGAUGGACCGAGAGGUGCUGCAGGCUCAGUACAGCACCUGUCUGCGUUCCCUGUCGGAGACAAAGCGGAUCGUCUCCACACUCACAAAAGAAAUGAGUACACAUCAAACUGAGCUAAGCAAUCAGAGGAACCAGGUAGAGAAACUGAGUGCUGCACGUCUGGAGCUGGAGGAGAGCAUCAUGGCCAACAUUCAGCAGCAGCUUACACACAGCAAGGCUGCCACAUAUUCACAACAGCUCACCAGCAAGAUGGCCACUCAAAAGAAGGAGAAGAUGCAUCAGCUGCAGCAGCUGGAAAGAGACACUUUGUGUGUGAAACUGGAGAGCCAAAAGGUUGAACAGCAAAUCAACAGCCUGGCUCUUACCGUGGAGACUCUUAAUGAGGAGAUUAACAAGUACCAGAAGUUGCUGACUUCACAUGAGAACUCCUUUUCUUCACUGGUUCGACAAAUGAAGCAGAAAGAAAAAACAAUCGCCACCCUCAAUAACAGGAUUUCUAAUAUUGUGGAAAGCACCGGGCACGAAGAUCUGAAUCCUCUGGAAAUCAGGAUCCAGGAAAUAUCAGCUCAGAUUCAGGAGCUGGUUGCUCACGACAAGAAUGACCAGAGCCUCUGGUUGCAGCUCCAGGGAACGCUUGUGGAACUGGGCAGAGAGUUGGAGGUCAACAGCAAGAAGAUCCGCAAACUGCAGAAAGACUACACUGGAAUGCAACAGAGGGAAAUCCGACUAGAGAGUCAGAUGGUACAAGAAGAACGAGAGCAAGCAGAGCUGGACAAGAACUUGAAGCUGCUGAGGAGAGAUCUGGAGAAGCUCAGCAAGCUGAUGAAAAAGAACAAACAGCUGAGUGAGGCUCUGGAGCUGGAGAACACACUGAUGGAGACAGACUUUAUUCACAAACUCAAGGAAGUUGAACAGGAGUCUGUCAGUGUUCAAAUGAAACUUGAGAAGACUCAGGAGGAAAAAGAGAAUCUCUUCAGGAAUUGGUUGGAGGCUGAGCAGCAGAUCAUGCUGUGGGAGAAGAAGACCCAGAUUUUAAAGGAGACUCGGUCAGUGGUGGACUCAGAGAUAUGCCAGGAAGAAAUUCAGAAGAUGAAGGCUGAAAUACAUCGUAUGGAGUUACGCAUCAGCCAGCUGACGAAACAACAAGAACGGCUAAUGAGGGAAAGCGAAGCCGCUGUGGCCAGAAGAGAAAACCUUGUCCUGCGCAAGGAGACCAUGGUCCGAGGUUCACACAAAGAGGUCACAAAGGAGGAGCUGAGGCGCUCCAGCGAGACCCUGCAGCGCAAGAUCCACAAAACACUCAAGGAGGUUGCAGAUUGUGAACUGGAAAUGAAGGAGCUUGAUAAUGGCAAAACCACUAUGAAUGAGAAGAUUCUGCAGCAGAAGCAUCACUUAACUGAACUAAACUGCACCAGCACAAAACUAGACAAUGACUUGGUAAACCUCCAGGACAACCAAUACACGAACCAGUGUUACCUAAUCGCUCUGCAGAAUCGAAACAAGAAGCUGCGGGAAGUUUGCGUGGGCAGCUACAAACUCUCAUCCAGCAGCGAAACAGUUGUAGCCUCUCUACAGAGCCAGAGGGAGCGCCUGGUGGAUUCCAGCAACAUCUUGAAGCAUAGAUGUGAGGACCUCCCCCAGCACCAAGGGGUGCUCCACCACGUAACACAAGCGAUGGAGGCAUACAUAAAAAUGUCCCAGCAGUAAAAGUUUUAGAGUGAGGCAAUGAUUGAAACAGAACAGUGAGUACAACAAAGACAUGUUACAGAGGUUAAAGAGCAAAGAGCUGAUAUGACUGCUUUAUUUUAAUAUGUUCUUAAUGUAAUGCUUGAACUGAAAAACUUGUUUUUAAAACAGCAUGCUAAUUUAAAGACUAUUGACGCAGAAAUUCAUAAAGGAAAAUUGUUUGUUGUGUUUCAGUUUCUCUUUGGGAUCAAUAUGUGAUUCAUUUUAGUAAACCCAGUCCAAUUUAUUCACUGUUCAGUCACUUGUGUUGAUCUGUAUAUCUGUCAUUAAUUUGCUGCAGGGAAGACGACUCACAUUUCAUGUCUACAUUAGGGGAAGAAGAAUAAACAUUUUAACCGAAUAAUAAAAACAUGUUUAAUGGCUUCUUCGGG